UUUGUCCCAUGUGCACAAAUCAUAGAAUGGACCUAGCAAACAAUGCCACAAAUUCUCAGGCGAUGUCAAACAAUUCAACUGGUCAGCAAUUUCCCACUCCACCACCGUUAUGGCCUAGGGGCAUGAUGCUGCAGCAACCUAUGGAUUGCAGCAUGAUGGGCAACCUUAAUUUUCCUAAUCCAUCACAAGGUCCAAUAACAACGUGGGCUCCCAUUCAGACAAGAAAUACAAGUUCCGAAUCAACCAUGCUUCCAGUCUCACAAUCUGCUCUGUAUUGGAACCAUUACAUGAACCUUGUCAGGAAUCCUCUAGGAUCAGUUCAAGGAAAUCCUUUUGCAGAUUCCUUUCCAGGUUCAAAUACUAGUACACCAUUGCAGGGUUCGAAUACAAUACCUUCAAUACCUGUGAACUUGGAGUCUGAUGCUGAACAUAGUAUUCAGGACAUCAAUAGUCAUGUAAAGACUCCAGCACUUGUUAACAAACCAAAGAAAACAAAGGAACAAAACUUUACUGCUGCUGAAGACCUUCUACUUUGUACAACAUGGUUGCAAAUUAGCAGUGAUCCUAUUGUCCACACUGGACAAGGGAAGGAGGGACUUUGGGCACGAAUAGAAAAAAGGUACAACGAACAAAGGGGGGAGUACCCUUGUAGACUGAACCGAGCACUUAGCAGCAGAUGGGACAAGAUUCGAGCAGAUGUCAGUAAGUUCUCGGGCUGCUACACAAGAGUUCUCCGAGAGAAACAAAGUGGCUUGACUGACGACGACAAGACUUCCAAGGCAGCUACAUUGUUUGCACAUGAAGAGAACAAACCAUUCCAUUUUAUACAUUGCUGGCAUAAACUGAAGGGGGAACCCAAAUGGGAGAGCAUCUGUCAAGGACCUUCAUUCCGAGGAUUACAUGGAAAAUCAUUUGGAUCUUCUGGUGGUCCAACAAUUGGUGGACAAGAAUCUGAUAGUGGUUCUGCUGGUUUGACAGGAAAACGGUCUCUUGGCCGUGAUUCUAGUAAAUCAGAGAGAAAGAAAGCUGCGUCAUCAUCGUCGACGGAAUACUUAAGCCGUCUGCAAGAUUUAACUGGAAAACAAAUUCAGCGCUGCAUAGAAAAUGGUGAGAAGAAAGAAAAGUGCAAUGAACAAGACAUGGAACUAGAGAAUAAGAGGUUGGACUUGGAAGCUAAAAAGUUAAGCAUUCGUGAAAGGGAAUUGAAAUUAGAAGAACUCAGAUCGGCCAAAGAACAGUUGCAGAUGCUGCAGUGUACUAGUGAAGACGAUGUGGAUCCUGAAGUUUGGACUAUGAUGAAGGAGCACAAAAAACGCUUGCAGCAGUUCAUAUUUAGUUUUUGAUAAAUGUACUGUUGUUUGACAUGUCGUACUAGUAUUGUCGUAUCCGGUUUGAGAACAAUUUUCUAAGUUCAUUUUGUUAUUUGUUUUCUCAAACAUUAUAAAGUUGUUGUAAGCAUAAGUCUUGCAAGACAUGUUGGUUCUAUUUAAUGUUGUAACGUGUGUACUACAUAAUA